GCUAGGCAACCGGUCAACUGUGCGCUCCUAGCCGUUUGAGGAGCUUCUGAAGCCGAGGACUUGGCUUGGGUAUUUGCGGGUUGGCGGAGCUGCAGGAGGAGCCGACCCAGCAUAACGGGCGGGCGCCCGGAGGUCGUCCACGCCUGAAGAGGAGCGUGAAGACAGGAGGAGAGAGACUCCCAAGGCUGCUGUCACCAUGGAGAUCGUGUACGUGUACCUCAAGAAGCGCAGUGAGUUUGGGAAGCAGUGCAACUUCUCAGACCGCCCAGCUGACCUGAACAUCGAUAUCCCGCCCAACCCCGAGCUGGCCGCACAGUACGUGGAACGGAACCCAGUGGACAUGGGCAUCCAGUGCUCAGUCAGCAUGUCAGAACACGAGGCCAACACAGAGCGGUUCGAGAUGGAGACGCGGGGUGUUAACCACGUGGAGGGGGGCUGGCCCAAGGACGUGAACUCCCUGGAGCUGGAGCAGACAAUCCGCUUCCGGAAGAAAGUGGAGAAGGAUGAGAACUACAUCAAUGCUAUCGUGCAGCUUGGCUCGAUCAUGGAGCACUGCAUCAAGCAGAACAAUGCCAUAGACAUCUACCAGGAGUAUUUCAACGAUGAGGAAGAAGUGGAGGUGACCGAUGAGGCCUCUUCAGCUAAAACCAUCAAUGUUUUCAGAGAUCCCCAGGAGAUCAAACGGACGGCCACACACCUCUCCUGGCACCCUGAUGGCAACCGGAAGUUGGCAGUGGCAUAUUCUUGUUUGGAUUUUCAGCGGGCACCUGCAGGCAUGAGCCAUGAGUCAUACAUCUGGGACCUGGAAAACCCCAAUAGGCCUGAAAUGGCCCUGAAGCCAUCUUCUCCACUGGUGACCUUGGAGUACAACCCCAAAGAUUCUCACGUGAUCCUGGGGGGCUGCUACAAUGGGCAGAUAGCCUGCUGGGACACCCGGAAGGGCAGCCUGGUGGCAGAGCUGUCCACCAUUGAGUUCAGCCAUCGAGACCCUGUGUACGGCUCCAUCUGGCUGCAGUCAAAGACGGGCACAGAGUGCUUCUCGGCAUCCACAGAUGGGCAGCCAACCAAGUUCAUGGUGGGCACUGAGCAGGGCAUUGUCAUCUCCUGCAACCGCAAGGCCAAGACGUCGGCGGAGAAGAUUGUGUGUACUUUCUCAGGCCACCAUGGCCCCAUCUACGCCCUCCAGAGAAACCCCUUCUACCCAAAGAACUUCCUGACGGUCGGGGACUGGACAGCCCGCAUUUGGUCUGAAGACAGCCGGGAGUCAUCCAUCAUGUGGACCAAGUACCACAUGGCUCAUCUCACGGAUGGUGCCUGGAGCCCUGUGAGGCCAGCAGUGUUCUUCACUACCAAGACGGAUGGGACCCUGGACAUCUGGGACUUUGUGUUCAAGCAGUCUGACCCUGCCCUCAGCCUGAAGGUGUGUGACGAGGCCCUCUACUGCCUCCGGGUACAGGACAACGGCUGUCUCAUUGCUUGUGGCUCCCAGCAGGGGACGACCACCCUGCUGGAAGUCUCCAGUGGGCUCUCCACAGUCCAGAGGAAUGAGAAGAACAUAGCUUUUUCUAUAUUUGAGCGAGAGACCCGGCGGGAGAAGAUCCUGGAGGCCAGGCAGAAGGAGAUGCGGCUGAAGGAGAAAGGCAAGACAGAGGGCAAGGAUGAUGACCAGAAGGACAAGGAGCUGGCCACAAACCUGGAGGAGAUGGUCGCCAAGGCCGAGCAGGAGUUCUUCGACAUCAUCUUCACGGAGCUGAAGAAGAAGGAGGCAGAGGCCAUGGAGAAGAAAGCAAAACCUCAGAAGAAACAAAGUUUGGAGAUGGAUGAGGAGGUGGAGGAAGACAAUACCGGGGAAGAAGAAGGAGGGGAUGAAGAGAAGUCAGCCUAGGUUGGCCUUGGCUGCAGCGCUGUCCCUGCGUGUCCCUCCCGUGCCUUCUUGGUACUGCCCUGGUCUUACCUUACAAGUAGGGAGCUGAGCUUUUCCCUAAAGCAUGAUUAUGAAGGCCACAUGGGGCACUGACCACCUCCACCCUACAAAUCACUGGCCCACACUGGAGCCCAGUCCUGUGCCACCCUCAUAGAGAGGAAAGCGGCAGGGCUGGCACCACCAAGAGGCCCACUCCACUGUGGGCGCAUGCAGCCUUCAGGUCUGGUCCUGGUGUCCCCUUGACCCCCACUUCCUUCGGGAGCUUGCAGCCUCAACCCAGGCUUUCCCUGGCCACGACGGCCUCAGGAAGCCCUGCGGAGGGGAAAGGGUUUUUCCUCUUCUCUCCCCACCCUCCUCAUCCACCUGCAAAUGGGGAACUGCAAGAGCCUUUCCACACUGCCACAUUAGAGGCUUCCAAGCCUGUGCGAGCCUGCUGCCCUCGAGUGCCUGGGAGGGGAGAACUUAUUCACAUGCACCCGCAUGCUUUCUGUUUCCUUCAUUCUGGUACCAUUAAAUUAAUAGCAACAAUGCCAGCAGUUGGUGCUAGCUAAGAGGUCCUUGUGUUAUCGCCUUCAUGUCACUCUUCACAAAGUCGCUGGAAGUUUCCUGCUGACCGUCCUUAUUCUACAGAGCAGGAUACAGAAGUUCAGGAGAGGUAUGCAGACUUGCCCAGGUCACAGAGCUGGGGAGGGACAGGGCAGGGAGGGAGCCCACAUAGCUCACUUCCUGUCCUGCAUAGCAGUUGACUGUGGCUCCUGGGACAGUGGGGGCUGCACAGGACCCUCAGGAUCUCUGAGGUGGGCUGCCGCUUCAGGAGGUGUCCUGAAGCCAUAGCUCAACAGAACAGCUCAUAGGCAUGAGGGCACCUUAGGGCCAACUUUGUUCCAGAAAUCCCUGUCAUUGAUUCUAGGACUGUCAGGUGAUUCAAAGUGCCCUUUAAAAAAGCUUUUGUCGCUGGGCAUGGAGGUACAUGUCUGCCAUCUCAGUACUCUGGGAAGCUAAGGCAGGAGGACUGUAAGUUUGAGCAACUUAGUGACUUAGCACGACCCUGCCUUAAAAUAAAAAAUUUUAAAAAGGGCUGGGGCUGUAGCUCAGUGGGACACUCAAAAGUCAAUCCCUAGGGCCGCAAAACAAAAACAAACCUUAAGGAUUUUGUUGAGAAAGGACUCAGAGGCAUCCCUUGUGCCCAUGGUUUGGGGUGGGGAGAAGCAAUGAGUUGCAGACUUUGGCUAGACUUUGAUUAAAGCAGUACUCACCGGUCACAUUUAUUGGUGCUUGACUGUCACAGAGUCCAGGAAUGAGCUUGCUAUUCUGGAGAGUGGGAGGGAGGCACUUUCUGGGUCUCAUGGGAGCAGGUGACAGGGCUGAGGGUCCGGCCCAGGGGCUGCUCCUGCAGUUGAUGCCCUAGCCCGCACUCCCAGGUCCCCCAGUGUGGGCAGCAGGCUCUGCUGGGUCUCUGCCCCCUGAGGGUACUUGGGAGCAGCAGGUUCACUGUGCCAGAACACGGGGAGCCCGUGCUUCCUUCCCUUGGGGACUCUUCUUAGAGCACCGAUUCUCUGCUAGGGAUGAUUUUGUCCCCAGUGGGACCUUGGCAAUAUCGGGGGACAUUUUGGAUUGAUAAAACUGGUAAGGGGACUGCUCCUGACGUCUAGUGUGUAGAGGCCAGGGAUGCCGCUCGGCAUCCUCUGAUGCGCUGGACAGUCCCCACCUCACAGAAUGGUCCUGUCCAGAACAUCACUAGGGUCACGGUGGAGAAACCCCAACUUGGGAGAGAAGUCUGUCCAAAUGAAGCACUCCACGAGGAAGUCCAAGCUCCAUGUUGACCUGGCAGCCCUGACAGACCCGCAGUGAGGAGCUGGCACCAUCCACUCCAAGGCAGGAGUGCAUUCUUUUGCUGUUCUCAAAUUUUGACCUUUGGGCCUGCAAAAGGAGGCUAUCUGCUGGGGCCUGCCAGUCUUUCUCCCUGUGCACAGAGGGUGCUACUGUGGCAGGAUGGAGUUAGAGAACGGGAUGUAGCAGAGAGGAGAACGCAGACGGAAGUGAUGAAAGGAUGUGCGACCCUUGUGCAUGCCCACCCGGUAGCAAUGACCUUCACCAGCCUCACACACCACCCUCACCAGGCGCCUGCUGUUCAUUCCCUUCCAAAAGGGAGCAAAACAAAAUCACAGUGCAUCAGCGAAGAACCAGAAGCAUCAGGAAAAUCCCACAGCCGUGGGUGGGGAAUGUGCACUGGGAAAUGCCAACAUGGGCCGGGCAGGGGACUAUUCAUGGACCUGGUUGACAAACAUGCUUCUUAAUGGAUGAUGCUUUGGCUGCGGCCCCUGGGAGAAUCACUGCCACCAUCUCUUCUGUGUAGUAACUGGGUACUGUGCCCCAGGGGAGGAUUCUGAGGAAAGACCCUGUUUUUGGUAGCAUAAUAAAAUGCUCCCUGAGCUCCAGAGGGCCCUGGGAUGGCCCUGAUGCCCAUGAAGGGGCAAAGGUGAUGCUAAAAGGCCUACCAGAGUCAGCUCUGGAUCCUGAGCCCGAGGGGCAAGCACUUCUGGGUGCCCAGGGCCUGAUGGCUGACACAACAGCAUUGUUUGGAUCUUACAGGCAGGGCAAGAAAGGAUCCAGCCAAGCAUGACGGUGCAUGUUUGUAAUCCCAGCACUUGGAAGGGUGAGGCAGGAGGAUCACACGUUUGAAUCCAGCUGGGGAAGUCUAGUGAGAACCUGUCUCAUAAAAGCAAUCAAUCAAUCAAUCAACCAACCAGCCAACCAAUCAAAGAACCCGGUUUGGGUGCUUGCUGCCUAGAUAGCAUGGCCUUCACACAACCCUGUGCCAAGUACCAGCCAUGGGGCAGCAAAGAAAGCAGAUGCAGGCCUGCCCUGCUGGACCCUGCGUGCUGAUGGGAGACACGGGAGGCUAACCUACACACACACAUACACACAGGUAGCUACAAAAUGACAGUUGUGCACAGUGACAGUGUAAGGGAUACUACAGAGCACUACGAGAGGGAUAAAAGGAGGGACCAGCUGGGACUGUGGGGAUGAGGAGCUGUCACGGGGCCUCAGCGAGUUUGACGAAGAAACGAAGAAACGGAGACUGAGCAGGAACGUGAAGCUGGAGGUGGUGCAUGUGCAGGACAUGCACGUACACCUGUGAUUAUUGGCUUGACUGCGGAGGAGCCACUCCAAGCAGGGGAAGCAACACACAGCAUGCCCCGGGGGUGGGGAGGAAUUGGUGGGGCAGGGCCCUGACUUUCAGGGUUUUGGCCUUUCUCCUGGGAUGACAGAUAAGCAAGGAGAAGCUGGAUCACACAUCUAGGCUGGAGGGAGAUAGCUGAGGCCAGGCGAGAGGAGAGCAUGGGGUCAGAGGACAGAGAUGGCAGCUUGGAGUGGAGCAUUGGCUGCAGCAUGCUUACCUCUCUGUGCCUCUGUUACCUGGAUUACGAGGGAGAGUAAAUGCAAUAACACAUAGCCACUGGGCUCAAAGUCAGUGCUUGAUAAAUGUCCACCACCUUCUUCCCUAGGAAGCAUCAGAUGGCCCCCAGCAGCCUUCAUGCUUGAUCCCAAGACCCAGGUCAGUACAAGGAGCUACAAGAUGAUGUUUCCCAGGGUCCCUUCAGCAUCAGAGCCCCAAACCUACUAGAGCGGAUGCUGAGGCUUCUUCAGAGAAAAAUCUCAGUAAAUGGUUUGUUUUCUCAAUAAUUCUCUUCCAUCUCUACUCCCAAGCUCUAAGUGGGGAGUCAAGCCCAUGCAUAGCUAGGCUCUGCUGUCAAGUAAGUGAGACGUUGGUCCCUGGAGCCCUAGAGGGUCAGAGAGCUUUAGAAAGUGCUCAGGGCUCAUGGAAGCCAGUAGUUGCCAUAUGAAGGUGGGCUUGCAGGAGAUGGAGUGGCUUUUUCAGUAGAAAAGGAGGCUUGGAAGGUAAAUGAAAAUUUCAGUCAGUGCAGACAAUGAGCCCAAGUAGGCUGUUAGUGAACUUUGAUACAAGCAGUUUGACCACCAUCUGCAGAUAGAUCCUCAAGUUCCCUGAGUCGAAGGACCCAGCUUAAUGUGAAGCUUGAUGCGACAUUGCAGGCUCAGCACCCAGCGUGGCCUCUGGCAGGUGGCAGGUGCUCACUAGAUCUUAGUGUCUGGGGCUGAGGAGGAGCAGUGUGGAUGACACCAGAGCCUGUAAGUCCUGUGACUUAAGAGGUGCCGGCUGUUUGCAAGGAUUUUAAAUGUCUGGGUGGGCAAAGCAGCUGUGGCUUGGCUGGAUUUGCCCUGUUGAUUCCCCACUCAUUCACUGACUGAAUCCUCACUGGGCACUGUAAUAGAAAUAUCAGUUUAGCACCCAUCCCCAGCACCAGGACAAAUGGGCAAAUGAUUCUGAUCUUUGGUGGUGAGUGUCAUUAGAAAGAAGCACAGAGAAAGAGGGGCUAGUCUGGAUUCCUUGGGAUUUGUUGUUGUUGUUGUUGUUGUUGUUGUUGUUAAAUGUUUAGAAAGCUACUCAAACUAGUUAAAGUCAAUAGCUGGGAAUGGUGGCACACACCUGUAAUCUCAGCCCUUGGAGAGGUGAGAUGGGAGAAUCGUAAGUUUGAAUUUGGUCUCCACAACUUAGCAAGACUACCUCAAAAUACAGCAGAUUUUUUAAAAGGGCUGGGGAUGUAGCCCAGCAUGAAAUCCCUGCAUUUAAUCCCUAAUGCUGCAAAACAAACAAACAAAAAUCUAAUAAUCAGAAAAGGAUUUUUUUAUGUAUAAUAGGUAAUGUGAA